UCUCGUUCUCGUCGCCAAUAUAUGCAUAAUAAAUAAACAAACUGCGCGCUUUUGAUCUGUUUCAGACGCCGAGAUAAUGACUAACUUCUUGAGCCUAGUUUGUAUAUUGCUAUUAGCCGCUUUCGCAAGCUUGACAUGUGCUCAGCAGAGGAAAGAAAUCACCAUCGACCAACUGGCCGAGGGAGUCCUGGCGUUGAAUAAAGAUCUCAGGGAAAACAGCAAUCGGCUGGAGCGGCACGAGCUCAGGGAAAGACAUCUGGGGGAACACUUAAAAAAGAGCAUCGCCGGUUUGGACAAAAUGCUGAAGCAGCAGCAAAAUUCCAUCGACAUUUUGCGCAGUUCCGUCAGCGGCAUUAUCACCACGCUCAACCAGAGGGAAGAGCGGGAUCGUGUCCAGAUGCAGGACUUGAAAACCAUCCUGGACGACGUGCGCGCGGAAAUCAAAAAGGGAGGAGAGUCGAACGCGCCGAAUGAGGAACUGCGGCAAAUUCGCGAGCGCCUCGAGCAGCUCAGCGUCAACGAAGCAGGCGCCGGAGAGACCAAUGACCUGGUCACGGCGGCCAAAAUUCUGCAGGAGGCGGCCCAGAAGCUCGUCAGCGGAGAAACCAAGUUCGAGGAACACAACACCGCGUCCCAGACGCUUUUGGAAACUCUGAAAAGCGAGGUCGAUAGGCUCAAGGACAUCAAGGCCAAGAGCGAGUACGAAGCCGAGGACGAGACAACCUUGGGCAUCGUCCUGGAGGCCGUGGAAGCGGCUCAGAAGAUGAUAACCGAAAACAAGUCCAACCAAACCGCCGGCCCCGACGUCUCCGUCCUGAAAGACGAGAUUCUGGCCUCGAACGCUGCCGUUGCUGAAAAAAUCGUCAAGCACAUUGACGAGGCGCAAAAAUCCACGGAUCGGGAACUGGUUGGAGUUUCUGCGUUACUUUCUGACGUGAAGAACGACACAGCCAAGAGCGUGCGGUCGCUGAAGAAUUUGGAGAAGGUGGCCGUGCAGACGGCGGACAGGGUCGAGGAGUCGCGAAAGACGAUUGACCUCAGUGGACAACAGUCGCUCUACGAAAUUCGAAAGAAUGUCAAGGCGAACAUCGAGUACAUGAACGAGACGAUCCGGGAAAGCUUCGAGCAGAUGUCGGCGCUGAUUUUGGUCAACCAGACGAAAACCGUGCAGAACAUGUCUUCGCACCUGGAGCACGAGAUCAGCCAGGUGUGGCGGCAGAUCGGCAUCAUGUACAGCCAAUUGACGCAGUCGGUCAGCACGCUGGACAAACUGCAGAACCAGACCGAGACGUACGUCAACGGCAGCCUCACCACCAUGGACUCGAUGAGCGGAAAGGUCGGACAGCUCAGGGGCAGCAUGACUGAGGUCGACGGAAACCUCAACUAUUUGCUCGGCAAGAUCGCACUCGUCACUAAUGAAUUCAACAUGAUCAAACGCGAACUGGGAGUUGCUCUUGCGCAGGCCAGAUCGGACUUCGCCAAGUUGCACAGCGCUGCCGAGGGCAAGCAGCCCAUUUUGGAUCCCAUAGACGACAAUUUAGUAUCGAAGAAGUAAAAAUAUAAUAUAAUAUGCAUUACGAAGAAGUCAUAAGAAACGUUUUAUACAAUUAUUUUAAAAACAGGUUUAAAUUAAUUUUAAAGAUUUUCUGAAGGAAACUUAUUAAUAUUGUAAUUUUGCUAUGAAAAUAAAUAUUAAUAUUUGAUAGCUUUA